GUCGACGCCAUGGAAGCCUCGCGAACGUCACUAUCAUAACCAAAGCUAUAUACCAGCCACGCGCUGCAACGUGCAGUCUCUUGAUCACCUACUAAUCCUCGCUGCCACUGACAACUACACAUCAAUAGUAAAUCGCACCGUACACGAACACUGCGACGUCCAAAUGGCAGACUCCAACCCUCCCGUCGCGCCCGCAGGCGAGUUACAGAUCACUCUCACCCACCACGGCAAGCCCGUCACGCUGUUCUUCGCGCAAGAUGCCACGUUAUCCGAUCUCUCCGAAACCGUCGCGUCUUCUCUCUCCAUUCCUCCCUCAAACCAAAAGUUUCUCGUCAGCUCGAAACUCGGCCUACAAAAGCCGCCCUUCAAGGACGCCACCCUACCUCUCACGCAACUCGCCUCCAAGAAAGUAACCCUCAUGGGCAGCACCACAGCUGAAGUCUCCUCCCUCAACGCCACCAUCACCGCUGCCUCGACGCCCCGCCGCCAAGGCCCCGUCAAAGCCGCCCUUCCCGCGCGAACCCGCCCCAAUAGAGACGACGCGCAAUACACGUUUCAAACUUUGCGUCCGUUACCCUAUCUCCCCAACCCCGACCGAUCGCUACGUUUUCUCGAGCGCUUGCGCGACGAUGCAGGGAUAAAGGCGGCGAUGCGGGCGCAUAAGUUCAGCGUUCCGCUGCUCACGGAGAUGGAUCCUGCCAUGCACACUACCCAGGAGUCACGCACAUUAGGACUGAAUAGAAAUCAGGGCGAAGUUAUUGAGUUGCGGUUACGCACAGAUUCGUAUGAUGGGUACAGGGAUUAUAAAACUAUUCGCAAGACGCUGUGUCAUGAGCUCGCGCAUAACGUGUGGGGUCCUCAUGACAGAAAUUUCUGGGACCUGUGUAAGAAGAUUGAACGCGAGGUUGAUCGAGAUGACUGGAGGAGUGGCGGGAAUAGCGUGGGCAGCGAGGAGUUUUAUGAACCUGGGCCUGGGGAAGAUGAAGUGUGUGAUCAUGGAGGGUGGACUGGGGGCGAGUUUGUACUGGGUGGAAGAGGAGGGUCGGGCGUAGUGGCGAGUAAUGCUGGGGGGAGUGUACAGAUGGGACUUAGUAGGAGGGAAGUGCUUGCGAAGGCGGCUGAGGAGAGGGCUAAGAGGACGAGAGAAGCUGAGCAGGAGAGUAGGGAGAGCGCGGAAGAGUCUUGAUUAGUGGGAGUAUUAUUGAUGUAGACGUAGAUACGAUGGUGCAUAUACCCAGAGGCGUAGUGUGAGGGCUCAAUAGGCAAAGUAAGUUUUAUAAUCGAUCAAGUCCACUAAAUCACUCUUGUCACUCAAUAAAUAUAGUGUGUUAUGGCUUAAACACAGGCUCUCUUGAAGGUAUGGCG